GAGAUGGUAAAAGACAUGAAAGGAAGAGAGGGGGAGAAUAAGAAAACUCAGGGAAGAAGACAAAGAUUGUGGAGAAAACCCUUCAAAUAAUGGAGGUUGAGUUGUGGAUGGCCAUUGGAAUUUGCAGAUGGGCAUGGAGAAUCCCGUUAUGGAGCAGAGAUGGAGAUUUUGGAGAGAGAGUGUGUGAGUGAGUGAGUGAGUGAGUGAGUGUGGACUCUGUGCAGAAAUUAAACAAAGGCCUUUCUUCUUCUUCUACAUCUCUUUCCCCCAUUUGCCUUUCUCUCUCUCCACCCUGUACACACGAAUUUAAUAUUCUUCUUCUUCCCCCAUUUGAUUCUCUCUCCAAAAGCUCAAAUCUUUUCCUGCUAUGAUCUGAAACAACCUAGAUUCGAUCAUUUUUUUGUAUCUCAACAAUACCCACAAGCUUAAUUCCAGUUCAGAGCUUAUUCACGACUACCCACAUGAGAGAAGAGGAGGAUCUCUCAGAAAUGUCCGAAGAAGACGACGAGAGUCCCUCGCUCUCCGAUCUAUCAUCAAUCGCCGGCAACAAUAAAUCCCUAACCCUCUGCGGCGGAGAGUACGCGCCGCCUUUUCCAGAUCAGGUGCUCGAGAACGUUCUAGAAAACGUCCUCCACUUCCUCAAUUCGCGACGAGACCGAAACACGGCGUCCCUCGUCUGCAAAUCAUGGUACCGAGCGGAGGCUCUUACCAGAUCGGAACUCUUUAUUGGUAACUGUUAUGCAGUAUCACCCAGCCGCGUUACCGACAGGUUCCGCCGCGUACGGGCGGUGACGAUUAAGGGAAAACCUAGGUUUGCCGAUUUCAAUCUCAUGCCUCACGAUUGGGGAGCGUACUUCAUGCCUUGGGUUAAAGCAAUGGGAAAUUCGUAUCGUGGGUUGGAGAAGAUCUGUCUUAAGCGUAUGUAUCUUAAAGAUAAAGAUCUGGAAAUGAUUGCUACUUCCUUCCCUUCUUUCAAAGAGCUUGUGCUUAUCUGCUGUGAAGGAUUUGGAACUUAUGGGCUUUCUUUCAUCACCAGUAAAUGCAGGCUACUCAGAGUGCUUGAUCUAAUUGAAGUUGAGGUUGCUGAUGAUGAAUUUGAUUGGAUUUCUUGUUUCCCGGAAGGUGAAACUUGUUUGGAGUCUCUAAUCUUUGAUUGCAUUGAAUGCCCUAUAAAUUUCGAAGCACUCGAGCAACUAGUUGCCAGAUCUCCUUCCUUAAAGAAACUUCGGAUGAAUAGAUACGUUUCGAUUGGUCAGCUUUAUCGGAUAAUUACACGAGCACCGCAGCUCACACAUCUUGGUACUGGUUCGUUUAGCCCAUCUGAGAUCAUUGCACAUGUCGAACAGGAACCGGACUAUGCCUCCGCCUUUGCAGCUUGCAAGUCGCUAGUUUGUCUCUCAGGAUUCCGGGAAGUCUUGCCGGACUAUCUUCCGGCCAUCUAUCCGGUCUGUGCUAGCCUCACCGUGCUGAAUCUUAGUUACGCCAACAUUACAGCAGAGCAACUUAAGCCGGUUAUUCGACAUUGCCAUAGACUUGAGAUCUUUUGGGUUCUUGAUUCAGUGUGCGACGAGGGGCUUCAGGAAGUGGCUGCAACAUGUAAAGAUCUUCGCGAGCUCCGGGUAUUCCCAAUCGAUGCACGAGAAGAUAGCGAAGGCCCUGUUUCGGACAUCGGCCUCCGUGCAAUUUCCGAGGGUUGUCGAAAACUGCAAUCAAUUUUAUAUUUCUGCCAGCGAAUGACAAACGCAGCUGUAAUAGCAAUGUCCAACAACUGCCCUGAUCUAGUUGUUUUCCGUCUCUGUAUAAUGGGUCGACAUAGACCCGACCAUAUUACAGGUCAACCAAUGGACGAAGGGUUCGGAGCCAUAGUCAAGAACUGUAAGAAGCUUACCCGGCUUGCCAUCUCCGGUUUACUAACCGACAGGGCAUUCAGCUACAUUGGCGAAUACGGGAAACUGAUAAAGACACUGUCAGUUGCAUUCGCGGGUGAUAGCGAUAUGGGACUGAAGUAUGUACUUGAAGGGUGCCCUAGAUUGCAGAAGCUGGAGAUUAGAGAUAGCCCGUUUGGGAAUGCUGCUUUGCUAUCGGGUUUGCAUCAUUAUUAUAACAUGAGGUUUCUGUGGAUGUCGUCUUGUAGGUUAACCCGCGAGGGUUGUCAGGAGUUGGCACGACGAUUGCCAGAGUUAGUUGUGGAGAUCAUGAAUGAGAAUGGAGUAGAUCAGCCUGCGGGGGACAAUGUAGACAUAUUGUACAUGUAUCGCUCUCUCGAGCCACAACCUAGGUCGGACGCUCCUAGAUUUGUCACUAUCCUGUGAAAUUCUGUUUGAGAUGAAACUGGAGAUUUGGUUUUAGGAAUUUAUUCAUUUUAAAUCAGAGAUGGAUCAGAUUCUCUUAACAAAGGUGGGUGGGUAAAUUGCUCAAAAUGUAUGAGUUUUUUUGGGGUGGGGUUUGAAAUUGGUGAUGUCCAAAAUGACACGUCUCUCUAGCUAGAAUUUGGGUGGGUGGGUUUUAUUUUCAGAUGAAUUGUUGUUGUUGUUUUUUUGUUGUUGAUGUUGUUGUUCUU